UUCAUUAUCAUUUUAAUAGACAAAUCGAAAAUAAUUUAUCGUUUUUAAUACCUUUUUGAAUGUUAUUAUAAUUAUCUCAUUAGUCUAUUAUCGUUGAUAGCAUACAUCUAGGUAUGUUUUAAUAUCGAGAGCAAUGACUCACGUCGCCAAUGUACGACAUGACGAAAAACAAAUAAAGUAACGAGUUACGUACGCAUAAAUAAUUGGCUAUCUACACCGAGUGCAAUAAGUACGAAGUUUUUAGAUAAAACCCAGGUUUCCCCUACGUGGCUAGUGACCGGGCAAAGGCAGGAUCUAGAUAAUUAGUUGUGGACAAAAAUAGUCGUCGCGGCCGGGCCCUGGGCCAGGUGACGUCAGCGCGCCAGGGCCGGCGGCGGGGCAAGACGGGCCCCGCGCCAGUGUCGCGCGCGCCGUCAGCCCGGCCGCACGCUACCCACCGAGCCUGCACACAGCCAGCCACCAGCCGCCUCCGACGCUCGCCGCCUCACGCCUGCUCCACACCAACGGCCCGCGACGCGCCUCGCCACUGCCUACGCGACGCGCCGACUCUAACACGACGCCACUCCGACACACUGCUUAUAAAGAUGGUUCGGAAAUACGAAAGAAUGAGCGGAAGACAAUCUUGGAGUGAAGAGGACAUGGCUAAAGCCGUCGCAGCAGUAGUAUCAGGUAAGAUGGGCUACAAACUAGCCGCCAGGACCUUCCACAUUCCCCGCUCUACCCUUCAGCGGCGGGCUAGCAAGAUACGAUACCAACAGCCUGAUGAUCCCAAGCCAUUGAUGGGCCAUUAUAGAAGAGUGUUUACGGACAGUCAAGAGAAAGACUUGGUCGGCUACAUUAAAAGUAUGGAAAAGUAUUUCAUGGGCGUCUCCAGGCGGGACAUCAGGGAACUGGCCUUUCAAUAUGCAGAAGAUAAUAACUUGAAUCAUCCCUUCGAUGUGAACAGUAGGAUGGCUGGCGAGGACUGGGUCAGGAACUUCCUGAAGCGCAACCCGGAGUUGCUGGAUAGGUCGGAAAGCGACGUGGGCCUGGAGCCGGUGAACUUUGACCAGUUUUACCACUUCAUGUGCCAGCUGUCGUGAUGAUUCGCGCUUCAGUUGGAAUUGUCUCUGAGUAAAGGUCAAGAUCGUGGCGCGUUCGAGUGCAUCACACAUACCUGUGUGUAAAUCCAACUUGUGUAUAAAUUGGUGCGCUCUUUCGAAAAUUUGAAAUAAAUUUUAUAUGGUUCUAAAUGCUCAAUAAUAAUCACUAGAAUAAGAUAACAAAACGUAACAAUUUAAAUCAAUUUUAUGCACAUGUUGGAAAUGUAUGUAAUAAUGGACGGACCACGUAAAGAUUUUAUUAUAUUGUCAAAUUAGAUGGAGCCGAGCUCAAUCGGAAUCAUGUUACCUUGUUUUACUUUGGUCUUACAAAGUACUUUAUUUGUUAAAUUGCUUACUUGUGACGUAAACUAAGGGCAGAACGGUGGCUUCCCGUCCCUGACCUAUGCACCUCUGACUGCGGCCUGUACGUAUUAAAAAUAUGUACUUACAUUAUGUAUGGCUCUUAGUUGUUCAUUGUAAAUUUUAAAGUUUUGUUGGUUCAUUAUAUUAUAUUUAAUAAAAACUAAAUUUAAGGGCUGUGAUACGAGAGAAAGGUGUAUUUUUAUGGAACAUAUCUUAGGGUUGAUAUUAUAUAUAUUUGUAAAGAAAUAAAUGGUUAUGUUUUAAAAAUUCAAAAACUCGAAUGCACGUUACAGAUGUGGAUAGUAACGUCUUACCUUAUUUUUUAGAAAACUACUUAUAUAUUCUGUAGCGUCUCUGAACAUAAAGUCAGACUUUUUAUUUUAAACAAGAUACUUUGAAAGUUUAGAAGUUAGAAAUUCUUGCAUGUUAAAGAUUCUGAUCUAAAUUUAUAAUUGCUAUAGAUAAUUUUAAUGUAGAAGAAACAAAAAAGAAUUAAAAAAGCUAAGUAAAUAUUGCAUAAUAUGUGUAAUAACGUGGCUUAUGUUAUCUCCAGCAAUAACUUUGAAGUGCCAGUUGGCUAUUUUAUUUAUUACACAAAAUAUAUUCUUUACGUUUUAUUGUUACACAAAUUUUAUUACAAAUAAUUUUAUAAAAGUUACAUUUUCGCUGCGGCGGAGACAUUACUAAAAGAAUGAUUUAAUAUUGUUUUUAUACUUUUCCGUUAAUUAUGAUUUAUACUCCACUAUCCUUUGUGAAUUAUACAAAAUUGUGAAUAAUUUAAUCCUCAGAAUCUUUGAUAUUCAAAUUAACAAUUUAUAUAAUGUGGAUGCCUUCAUCAAAAUUUUAUAAAAAAAAAUAUGUGCUGAUAUUUCGGAACAGUGGAGGAUAAAUCUUUGAUUUUAUAUUUAAAAUAAGUUGCUUACAAUUGAAAUCAAACGUAUAUGUGAUAAGGUGAUUGGUGAUAUUAGUGGGAAAAGGUUUUAUCUACGGUUACCUAUAGAUACUUAAUUUCAUUUUUUUUUUCUAAAACAAAAAUCAAAAGUAUAUUUUCUAUUGUGGAUUUAAUGUAUCAGUAAUACACUUUAGCUAAUUAAUUUGUUACCUGAUAAAAGCGUUGAUCUCUUAAUUUAGUUCAAAAUAGCAAAA